UAAAAGAACACAUCCUUCUUAUCAGAUGAAGCUGGUAAACUGAUUAAACCAUGAUAUUGAGCUUUCAGAGGAAGUAGAUCGUGUCUCGCAGAUUGCUUGUCCUGGGAAGACGAUGGAAGGGGCUUAUAACUGAACAUAUGUGAAGACGACAUAGACUGAAACUAGACUGAUUAUUUCAAUCCACAAGAUUUUACAUUUGCUACAUUGCACCAAACUAAACUUGAGCAGAGUCAGAAACAUCACCUGUAUUAUUAAUAAUUUGACUCCAGAGGUGAAACUAAAUACUUUUUAAGUGUCUUUACUUUUAAUAAGAGCCUUUUUUUUUCCUCCAGAAAAAGAAGCACAAUAGAAAUUAAGCAUGAUGGUAACUGCUGGGAAUGUGUAUAAUGUAACGACACAUGGCCUUGCAACCCACACUGAUUGUCCCUAUGUUGAAUCGAAUCAGGAUAAUAGAAGCACAGGAAUGAUACUGACAAGCUUUCUCACUUUUCUUCUCUCCCUUCUGGGAUUUUUGGGAAAUGGAAUUGUGGUCUGGCUCCUUGGUUUUCGCAUUAAGAGGAAUCAUUUCACCACCUAUAUCUGGAACCUUUCCAUUGCUGAUCUGGGUGUAGUCACAGGUCUUCUGGGAAUUAAUAUAUAUUGGCUUGGAACUUGGUUGUCUGGUGCCAAGUAUGAUGAUCCAAUGAAGACAGUGUUUCGUACCUUCUUCCUAGUUACUUACAGCGCAAGUCAAUUUCUACUGACAGUAAUCAGCAUUGAUAGGUGUGUGUCUGUCUGUUUUCCAUUUUGGUAUCGAUUCCAUCAGCCACGACAUUUGUCCCCCACUAUUUGUGGUGUAAUCUGGAUUUUGACCUUGCCACUGUUUCCUGCUCACACCAGUCUCUAUCUGACAAUGAAAUAUUGUGAGCUAUGGUUCUAUCAAUUUUUGCUGAAUAUUGUGCUUACUACUCCAGGCAUAUCUAUAUCUACUGUUUCCAUGUUAAUUAAAGUAUGUGUGAUAUCUCCACAGCACAAACGGGGAAAGCUUUUAACUGCCGUUUUGCUUGCUCUCAUUUUUUUCCUCCUCUUUGCUUUUCCAAUGAAUGUCAUUCAAUAUGCCGCCCGGUAUACUAGAUCUGAAAAUAUUUCCAUUUAUGAAUAUGGCUAUAUAUGUGCAUCUUUCAACAGUACCAUUAACCCAUUCAUCUAUUUCCUAGUAGGGAGAGAAAGAAGGGGUCAAUUUUGGCAGAGAAUACAGCAAAUAUUAGAGAAGGUCUUCAAGGAGGAUGAAGACAGUAGAGAAACUGGAACUUCAAGUUCAAAUACAAUGGAGAUGGUACCAUAAAAGAUUCUGAACUCCAGUUUCAACAUUCCACCAGUUACAAUUUACACUUUUUGUUCAAAAGAAUUUUUUUAAAGCCAUGUUUGAAUGUUCAAGCCUGUAGAGGUACAACAAAUUACAUAGUUUAAUAAAUGGAGAAACAAUUAAUUGUUCUUCUUGAAGAAAGGUCAUACUAUCACAACAAACUUUGAAAUACCUGCACUAAAUCCCUCUUCUGGUUUGAAUUAAAGUAGACCUUUCGAAUUAGCGUCCUUUACAGCUUUAUUAAUUCAUCAGUCAAUUAUUGAUCUAGUAGGUCCUCUUUGUUAUGGACUACAUAUUGGAUUUAGGCUAGCAUUUAAUCUUGCAACAGUCAUGUGUUGAAACCUGAGCUUCUGCAACUCAAAAACUCUUAAUAACAAAGAGUUGGUAUGACACAACAUAGGCACUAUAUUUUAUUGAGGGAUUAAAAGGCACCUAUGAAAAGCAAAUGCAUCGUUUGCUAUUUUGAGUUCCAUUAGGAAAUAAGGAAUUUUGUCACUCGAAAGGUCAAUUGGAAA